CUGCCAGCGCCCCGUGUGAAGGCGGAAGUGUUUGGACCAACUGGACUAAGCACCAUGAGACCUCUGGCUGUGACCACCUGGGUGCUGCUCUGCGCCCCCCUGCUCCUCUCAGCAGGAAACCGGUCGGGCAGAAACUCCCUCCCUCAGGGCUGGGAGCAGCCGUUUCUGAGAAGUCACAUGACUCUCAGUAGCUUCCUGAAACGAGGUGAAAAGCUGUUUCCAGUCUCUGUAAGGUGGGCGCUGAGCCUCACCCAGCAGGCAGAACUGCCCCCCCUGCUGGCAGAACUGCUCCUGUGGGCUGUGGGCAGCCGUUUCUCAGAAAUCACGUGCUGUGAGGAGGACGGCAGCUCUGCUGGAUGGACUGUGAGGAGGAACACCAGCAGAGGAACCAGCACCCAGUGUGGAGCAGACUGGGGGAGACUGACCGGUUCCGUCUGUAGGAUCAGUGGUCUCUUUGAAAGUGACAGUGGUGCUUACUGGUGUGAGUCGGGCGGGGGGGCGGCCGGUCCCAGCGCCCCCCUCACUGUCUCUGGUGGACCAGUGAUCCUGCAGAGUCCUGUCCUCCCUGUGAUGGAGGGGGGGGACCUCACUCUGAGCUGUACAGCACGGGUCCCCCCCUCCAGCCCCACAGCAGCUUUAUUCUAUAAAGAUGGCUACCUCAUCAGGACGGAGCCUACAGGUCACAUGACCCUCCAACCUGUUAUCAGGUCUGAUGAAGGCCUCUACAGCUGCUCCAUCGGGGGGGACAGGUCCCCCUCCAGCCGGGUCCGGGUCACAGCUCCGCCCACCUCUGAAGCCCCGCCCACCUCUGAAGCCUCCUCCCCCGCCCACUUUGGGCUCAUGCUGCUCCUCCGCCUGCUGGUGUUCUGCCCCUACUUCAUCUCCACCCUCCUGCUGGUGUCUGUGUACCGACUCAGAGCCAAAGGAAGUAAACAGCCCGUCUCCGUGGCGACGGCCCCGCCCCUCCAGGCUGAGCCGGGAUUGGACGAUGACUACGAUGACGUCACCACAGAGCAUCACUUCUGA